AUGAGAGAUUAUAAAAUAGUAGUAUUAGGUGCCGGUGGUGUUGGUAAAUCAUCUAUAACAGUCCAAUUUGUCCAAGGAGUUUAUGUUGAAAGUUAUGAUCCAACCAUUGAAGAUUCAUAUAGAAAACAAAUUGAAAUAGAUGGUAGAGCAUGUGAUUUAGAAAUCUUAGAUACAGCAGGUGUAGCACAAUUUACAGCCAUGAGAGAAUUAUAUAUUAAAAGUGGUAAAGGAUUUUUAUUAGUUUAUUCAGUAACUGAUGAAAAUUCUUUAAAAGAAUUAUUAGCUCUUCGUGAACAAGUUUUAAGAAUUAAAGAUAGUGAUAAUGUUCCUAUGGUUUUAGUAGGGAAUAAAUGUGAUUUAGAAGAAGAUAGGGUGUUAAGUAUAGAAGAUGGGGUUGCUGUAAGUCAAGAUUGGGGGUUGGUUCCAUUUUAUGAAACUAGUGCCAUGUAUAAAACAAAUGUUGAUGAAGUAUUUAUUGAUGUCGUUAGACAAAUUAUGAGAAAAGAAGCAGCAAUGAGUGCUGAAAAGAAACAACAGAAAGAAUUACAAAAACAACAACAGAAUCAAUCAGUUGAAAUUAAUAAUACAAGUAAUAAUAGUAAUAAAGAAAAACCAGAAACUACUACAAAUACAAAAAGAACAAUGAGUAGUUCAAAUGCAAGAUUAAAUCAAUCAUCAAUUCAACAAAAUCCUGAUUAA